AUGAAUUCAAAACUUUCUUGGUCAAAUGUCAGUAUCAAUAUCAAAGACAAAUGUAUUGUUGACAACAACUUUGGUUCAAUAGAAUCUGGAAAAUUAUUAGCAAUUAUGGGACCAUCGGGUAGUGGGAAAACGACGCUAUUGAAUUAUUUGUCAAAUAAAAAUAAAUUGGGAGGAACAGGUACGAUCAAGAUCGAUGGUACCAAGGUUACAGACAUUUAUUUGAAUCAAAUAAGUAGAUAUGUCGAGCAGGAAGAUUGUUUGAUAGGCUCUUUGACAGUCGAAGAAACCAUUCAUUUUUCUGGUAAAUUAAGUGGAAUGCAAAACCGACUGUCCAGAAACGAGAAGGUCAAUCAACUCUUGGAGGAUUUGGGAUUGGUCAGUGUCAAGGAUGUAGUAAUUGGUACUCCAAUCAGAAAAGGUAUCAGUGGGGGUCAGAAAAGAAGAGUAAGCAUUGCUUGUGAAUUGAUCACUCUACCUAGCGUAUUGUUCUUAGAUGAACCAACUUCAGGUCUUGAUUCCAAGGCCAGUUUCGAAGUGAUUUCUACAAUCAAGAAAAUCGCCAAGAAUGAGAAUAUAAUAGUGAUAAUGUCAAUACAUCAACCUUCGUCAACAACCUUCGACCUUUUCGAUAAGGUAAUGUUUUUGUCACAAGGUAAAACCGUUUAUAAUGACAAAGUUAAAAGCAUAAUACCUUAUUUUGAGCUUCAAGAUAUUCAUUUCAACCCAAACCAGAACAUCUCAGAGUUCGUUCUCGACAUGAUAAAUACAGAUUUUAAUAAUGGUGCUUGCAAUAUCAAUGAUCUACACGAGUUCUACCUAGAUCAAAAAGGGAAUUCAAUUCUAGAGGAGGACGAGGAAGAUAAGUCAGGGCAAUCAAUAUUUAUAAAGCGGAACAAUGUCUUUAAAGCUAGUAACAUAUACCAGAUAGUUGUUCUUUGCCAUAGGUCCUUCCUUAAAGCAUUCAGAGACAUUCUUGCAUAUCAUGUUAGAAUGUUGAUGUAUAUGGGCCUUGCGAUUAUGAUGGGGACUGUAUGGUUACGACUUGUCUACAAUCAAGCGGAAAUUCAACUAUUCAUCAAUGCAAUUUUUUUCUCCGGUGCUUUCAUGUCCUUCAUGUCUGUUGCAUAUAUACCAGCUUAUCUUGAAGAUUAUAACAGUUUCAAACGUGAAAAUUCGAAUGGGCUAUACGGACCUUUGCCUUUCAUUUUGUCGAACUUUCUCAUUUCAAUACCCUUUUUGUUCGUAACCAACUUAAUAUUCUGCAUCAUAACGUUCUUCUUAGUAAAUUUUCAUCAAACAUCGAAAGGGUUUUGGUAUUAUGUGAUGUGGCUUUUUCUUGAUUUGAUAGCAGCAGAAAGUUUGACGGUAUUAUUAAGUACGGUUUUCCCGUUCUUUGUAGUGGCUUUAGCAUUGACAGCUUUCGCCAAUGGUCUAUGGAUGUCUGUGGGAGGGUUUCUUGUGAGUGAGAAAAUCUUGAACGUAUUCUGGUACUACACCUUUUAUUGGAUAGAUUACCAAAGAUACGUCUUCCAAGGUAUGAUGUUUAACCAAUUUUCUGAUACGAUAUAUACAUGCGGAUCAGAAUGUCAAUGUAUGUAUUCUUCAGACUUACAACUGCAAUGCAGGAUCGAAGGAGCAGCUGUUUUGAGCAGCUUGGGAUACUCGACGUCAAAUGUCGGGUUUUGGGUGGGGAUGAUUCUAGUGAUAACUUUCUUCAUGAGACUUUUGACUUACGGAGUAUUGAGAUUAAGGUCCAAGACUUGA